AUGGCACUCACGCAACAACCCCCCUCCAUCCCCCUCGACAUAUUCCCCGACGGCCUCAAAACUACGGGCCAACACCCCCCGCUUUACGAGCACAUCCAUCCCUUCGACCGGUUUCCCAAGGAAAUCACCGGCCCCACCGUCUGGAAGCCCGAGGACUACCGCGAUAACCCGGAGAAAUGGACUCAUCGGUUUACAGCUGAGGAGGUCGAGGAGCUGUCGCAAGCGGCUGAUGAGUUUCUGGCUAAGAAGACGCCGUUGACGGGGAUCAGCAAGCACAACUUCCCUCUCCCCACCCUCUCCGCCCGCCUCACCAGCCUGCGCGCCGAUCUCCUCGACGGAAAGGGCUUCAUCCUCUUCAAGGGCCUCCCCGUCGCGCAAUGGGGCAACCACAAGUCCGCUGUCGCGUACAUGGGCCUGGGCACGUAUCUGGGGUACUUUGUCAGCCAGAACAGCCGCGGCCAUGUGCUGGGCCAUGUGAAGGAUCUGGGCGAGGAUCCUACGCAGAUUGAUUCCGUAAGGAUUUAUCGGACGAAUGCGCGACAAUUCUUCCACGCCGACGACUCCGACAUCGUAGGCCUCCUUUGCAUCCACCGCGCCCGCGAAGGCGGCGAAUCCGACCUCGUCUCUUCGCACCACGUGUACAACACGCUCGCCAAGGAGCGGCCGGACGUGCUCAAGACCCUGACCGAACCGAUCUGGUACUUUGACCGAAAGGGCGAGACGAGUAAGGGGGAGGAAGAGUGGAUCCGCACGAGUGUGGUGUAUUUGGAGAGAGAGGGCGGGGAGCAUGCGCCGAGGGUGUAUACCAAAUGGGACCCCUACUACGUCCGCUCCCUCACGCGGUUUUCAUCGGCAGGGCUCAUCCCCCCACUCUCGGCCGCGCAAACCGAAGCCCUCGAGGUGCUAGAAGCCACCUGCAAUCGUCUCUCCCUGCAUAUGAUCCUCGAGGUCGGCGAUAUCCAGUUCCUGGCCAACUCGCACGUGCUGCAUGCGCGCACGGCGUACGUGGACCACGCGCCGCCGACGCCGCGCAGACACCUCAUGCGGUUGUGGCUGGCCACGCCGGAGAGUGAAGGCGGCUGGCGCUUGCCGUUCUGGGAUAGUAAUGAGAAGAAGCGCGGGGGCAUUCAGGUCGAUGAUCAGCCCCCGGUGGCGCCUUUGGAUGCGGAGUAG